AUGCUCAAGCAGUUGCUCGUCGCUUUCGCACUUUUCAGCGUUGCUUUGACUAUUAAUUGUUAUUAUGAUUGGUCAUCUGGAAAGGGAGAGUCACACACUGGAAAUAAGAUGAACCGCCCUUGUCCCGGCUGCGACUACUGCCUCAAGUUUAAAACCAAGGAGAAAAGUAACACUGCUGUUUAUUGGGAUUGUGGAUGUUCACAAUAUAAUGGAAUCUCUGGUGCUGAUUGUCUGCGGUCUGGGUCCCAGAAGGAAACGGUCUACAUUGACGUGGGGCAAGGACCCUCCCUCAAGGAGACUGUGGAUGCUUGGAUAGCGAUGGGGAACCGCUGUGCACGAAAACGGACCAGCGGACAGAUUCAUGGAUACUUGAUCAAAGUGGUUCCAAAACCGAAAAUUGGUGUUGCAAAGGGGUUCUUUGCAAUC